GAGUCGAGAUCUCACUGGGGAAUCAAAAAGCAAAAACAGAGCAUGUAGACACAAUGGAGCGACCAACAGCAGAAACUUGAAAUACUGCGACCUGCUGCUGUUCGUCGGGGAAAAGAAGGGGAGCUAUGCCGUUUCUGUCCAGACUUGGAGACGCUUAUUAACCAUGAUGAAGACUGAAUCCCCGUCCGCAACAAGCACCGCCACCAAUUCCACUUUGAGGAGCCCUUCCCCGCACAGAAAUGCGUAUGAGGCUGGGAUCCAGGCACUCAAGCAGGCUAAAGAUGGCCUUAGCAACGCCGCGAACGGGGAUGAAGCACAAGGGGGCAAGCCCAAAAUCUCAUCCCGUGGCAGGAGGUACGGCUCCAAUGUCCAUCGGAUCAAAAAUAUGUUCCUGCAGAUGAGUACCACCGGACCGGGUGAAGGGGAGGACCCCUCAUUGGUGAACGAUAGGUCGGUGCGGCUUUCCCUGCCAAGGGGCAGUAGUUUGAAUGAAAACGUGGACCACAGCGCUCUUUUGAAGCUCGGGGCAACCGUUUCGGAGCGUGUCAGUCGCUUUGACCCCAACAAGACAGCGGCACAGCAGCGGCAGUCAUCGGGGCUCUCCAAGCUUCAGGAGACACGUAGGUAUUUCGAGCAGAGGACCUUGCAAGAAAAACAAGCUGCAACCAACCGCAUCUUACUCAAAAAGGAGCGGGCCGCUGGCUUUCAGGACGGGAAGCUGGAUGUGGUUGUGCGUUUCAAUGGCAGCACAGAGUCACUGGAUAGUUUAGAUGCUGGGGGCGCUGGGGAGGCCGUCUCCCCCACUGUAAGCCAGCUGAGCGCUGUGUUUGAGAAGGCCGACCUCCGCAACAAUCUGCACCAGCCUUGUACCUCCCCUCUGCCCAGGGGAGCCAGCCCUCCACCGGGAAAGGUGGCCACGCUCAACUCCAAAAUCAUAACCAAGAAGUCGCGGGCCCUUCCCCCCUCUGGCAAUGAGGAGGGAAGCCUGGUUUCAGGGGGGGGUCGACAGCGGAAGGAAUGUGACGGGUCUCCUGGUAGCCGGGGCAAGUCAGCAGCUGUUAAGGACGAAACUUCCAAGAGCACCGGGACUGGAAGCCGAGUGGGAACCAGAUCAGAAGAGCUGGUCAAGAUUAAACCUGUGGAGGUAGAGGAGAGCAGGGAAAAUGAAUCCAAGGAGCAGGGAUCAGGUGUGGAGCCGUCAGGAGAAGGAGAGAAAGAGACUGGAGAAGAAGCUAGCGUUGGCACCAAUAGCACCCCGGAAGGAGGGAGCAGGCUAGUGCAAGCUGAAGUGCAUGCCUCUUUGGAGAAUGGAGGGGAAUCUCCACCUGAAGGGUCGUUGGAGCCUAAAACAAAAGAACCCAACUCUGCAGUCCCAGAGACCACAGGGGGUGUGGGAGGGAGGAGGAGGGGGGUGGGGGACUCCCCGCAGGGGGAGGACAGGGAUUUCGAUGGGGGAGAGGAAUCCCGCAGGGAGGAUUACUCCGAGGGGGACCUGGUGGAUAUCAGCGCCUACAGUGGGAUCGGGGAAGACUCCGGGGGCAGUCAGCUGGAUGAGGAUGAGGAGGGAGAGGAAGAAGACGAGCCCUAUGAGCCGGAGUCAAGCUGCUCUGAGAUUCCGGGCCUCCCACCUGAGGAAGAUGAGCCCCCGCCCAGCCGAAAGAUCCGCUUCAGCACGGGGCCAAUCAAGGUGUUCACCACUUACUGCAAUGAGGACUACGACCGCCGGAAUGAUGAUGUUGACCCCAUGGCUGCCUCGGCUGAGUAUGAACUGGAGAAGAGGGUAGAGAGGCUGGACUUGUUCCCCGUGGAGCUGGAGAAAGAUGGAGAUGGUCUGGGCAUCAGUAUUAUUGGGAUGGGGGCCGGUGCUGACAUGGGCCUGGAGAAACUAGGCAUCUUCGUGAAGACUGUGACUGAGGGAGGGGCCGCUCACCGGGACGACAGAAUCCAAGUAAAUGAUCUAAUCGUGGAGGUGGAUGGGACAAGCCUGGUUGGAGUCACUCAGAGUUUCGCCGCGUCUGUCUUGAGAAACACCAAGGGCCAAGUCAGGUUCCUGAUUGGCCGGGAGAAGCCGGGGGAGCAGAGUGAAGUGGCCCAGUUGAUUCAGCAGACCUUGGAGCAGGAGCGCUGGCAGCGGGAGAUGAUGGAGCAGCGCUAUGCCCAGUAUGUGGACAAUGAGGACGAGACUGGGGAGUACGCAACAGAUGAGGAGGAUGAGAUGAGUCCCAUGUUCCCCAAUGCUGAAAUGGCCAUUGAGGUGUUUGAUCUGGCUGAGAAUGAGGACAUGCUCUCCCCCAUAGAGCUGGACCCAGAGAAACUGGCCCACAAGUUCAAAGAGCUCCAGAUUAAGCAUGCUGUCACUGAGGCUGAAAUACAACAACUUAAAAGAAAGCUGGUGUCGACGGAACAAGAGAAGAUGCGCUGGCGGAUGGAGAAGGCCCAGCUGGAGCAGAGCGUGGCUGAUAAUAAGGAGCGCAUGGAGAAGCUGGAGGGUUACUGGAUGGAGGCCCAGACCCUGUGCCAGGCUGUGGACGAGCAUCUCAAAGAGACCCAGGCCCAAUACCAGACCCUGGAGCGCAAGUACAGCAAGGCCAAGCGGCUCAUCAAAGAGUACCAGCAGAAGGAAAUCGAGUUCCUGAAGAAGGAGACAUCCCAGAGAAGAGCACUGGAGGAAUCGGAAGCCGCCCACAAAGAAGAAACGGACACGCUACAGGAAAAGAUUACAGAUCUAGAAGCCAAACUGGAAUCGCUGAAGGGAUCCAACGCCUCAAAACCAGAAGAAGAAAAAUAGGGCUUUUAGCACAGGGCUAUAAAAAAAAGUUAAAAAAAAAAAAAAAAAAAAAAAAAAAAAGAUAAAGGACUUUUGUUAAGUGCUACACCCAGGGUUUCUAGGAAUCACUUUAUACCUGAAGUCCCUUUUCCCCAUUGCAGUCCUGAGAUUGACAAUCGGGCACUCUUUCCCCUUGCUUUGUCUUUCAGCUGCCAUGCUCAUAGUGCUGUUGUGGGCUUUUACUUCUGCUGAUGCUAGGGAGCACUGGGUCUAUGUGACGAAAGCUAUGCUAGCAGUACUGCCACGAAUACUAAGUCACUUUAUAUGAAGUUGCAACUUCCUUAACCAAUAUUGUGCAUCAGAACAAAUAGUUUUAAUUUGAAUUAAUGGGCUUUGCCUAUUUAACCAUUACAGUUGUGAAAAUGGAUCCUAAUAUAUAUAAUUUAGAAACCCUCUGGACUAAGUGUGUGGUAAUUGUUUUCACUAUGAUGUAUUAAGUGUUGCCGUUCAGAAGUGCUCUGAUGCAUUGUGGGACCAUCAUGAUUUUAUAUUUUAUAUAUUUCAUAUAAAAGAAAGACAAGGCAGGGUACAGAGACUGCCUGUAACAGCAGUUGGGAGAACCUUGUUCAAAUUAUCAGAUUAGCCAUCACUUUAAAAACUCCACUGUUAAAAUCUGAAGAAAAUGUUUUUAGUCCAGUUGACUAAUGUCCUUUCGUGUUUCUGACUUUCAAAAGCAAUGUUGACAUUUUCAGCCAAAACUGGGAAACAGUCCUUAGUGCCACAGAGCCACAGUGCCUCGCAUUGAAUUUCAUUAAACUCAACAAACAGAAGUCGUUUCAAAAUCCCACUUUAACAGGAAGAAUAAGAAUCUAGAACAGAUAAAACAAUAAACUCGCUGUAAAGAUUACAACCAUUGAUAUUCAACUUUAUCAUGUAGCAUGUGAAGUUAACCAGCCAAGAAUUAUUUUUGUGCUUCUCACUAAAUAAAAUUUAAAAAAAGCAUCCUACCCUUAAUUGUUAACCUUAAAUGAUUCAUUUCGUCACUGACGCCCAGCAGUGAGAGUUUUAUCUUUUUUAUCCAGCUUUCAAUGAUUGCUGCAUAAAAGGGGAAAUGCUGUGUACAUCUAAAUAGGUUUUGCACGUGUUGGAAUACGCACCAGUUCUUUUCAUCUUAAUGAUUUUGCAUACCAGAAAAUGUCAGUUUUGAGUGAAGUGUGAGUCUAUAACAGGACUUCAGGUAUAAAGCAAGUGUUUUGUUGUCCUCAGCAGGGUUUUAGCACUUGGUAAGGUUGCGCACCCCUUAUUAAGGUUCCAUGGACAAAUUGUCCCUCUUGCCGAAGGUACCCUAUUUAAACUAAGUAGGGCUAGUCCCCCCUUGCUUUGGGCCUCUAUUUCUGUAUUAUAUUUAAAGGUUCAGACGCCGCGAGACAUUGAAAAUCCUUUUGUAAUGUUUAUUUUCCGAUGUCGUGAGUCAUGUUUUGUGUUAAGCAUAUAUGGUCGGUAUAUUAUACCAAGCAAAGUUUUCUGAGCUCUGCUAUUGAGUUCUCCUGAAGUGAACUAGUCAUGUUUUUUAAUAAUCAUAUAUGCCUGUGAGUUGAACCACAGGUUAAUGACCUGUUCGCCAUGGCAGUAUGUGUAUAUGUUUGUAAGAAUCUGGCCAGUUAAUGAAUUUGGUCCUAGCAAGAGAGGCAGGCUUUAAAUAUUGCACACGCCUCUCUAUACCCAUAAAAGGUUUUAGAGGCGCGGCAUACACUCAGCCAAGCUCCGCCCUGUAUAUGUUCCAGUGUCAAGGCCCCACCCUCACCUCUAUCCUCAUGCCCUGUCUCUAUCUAUAUAAAGCUUUUAUAUAUACUGUUCUCCCUAUGCAUACUGGUUUGUUAAGAGUGCAGAAACUAUAAUUGUUAACAAACUGUUAGUAACACACAAGGAUAGAACUAGCACAUUACAAAUAUCCACAAGCCCUGUAUGUGGAAUUACCUGCUGAUGCCCUUUCGUUCCCUGAGAUAUUGCCUAUGUCAGCUCAGCCAAUCAGGGAUCAGUGAAAAAAUGUCACUGUGACUUAGUCAAUGUUUGUGGAUUCCUAUAAUAAAAUGUGCUGGUACUUUCUGAAGAGAUAGCAAGCUUGUAUUUAAAUUUCAGUAUAUGUUGCUAGGCAACUCUCCUCAUGGGGCUCAGGUUUUUAAUCAUCUCUGGAUCAUCCACAUUACAAAACUGUAGUUUUAAAUGUUUUUAUUUGUUUUUCGUUUUUUUUUAAACCGACAGUUUUAACAAAUUAUUUCCAGCUCAAUUCUCAUAAGAUAGCCAAAUUGGAUUGAGAGCCAGAAACAUCUGUCAUUUCAAAACCCUGCUUAAAAAGGCAACCCAAUACAUCCCUCAAAAAGUGUUCAGCAAUAAACAGAGAAGUUCACAGUGAAAUGAGGAAUAGUAAACGUUUGCUUUAAACCAUGCCUGUAUGCAGUAUUUGGAAAGAAACUUCUCUGGUUCUUUAGUGUCCAGAUCCUUUCAAAGUGUUAGGUUUGCUUCGUAUGAUAGUGGAGUCACAGUUAAUGAUCUUAACAGUGUAGAGAUCUACAGCUCCCUCUUAAUACCACUGCUCCAUUCUGUUUAGAUCAAAAUUGACUCCAACUCUGUACAAACUACCAUUAGCAUAUGUUCUAAGAAAUGGACCCAGUAAAGUUACUAAACGAGAAAUAUUCCUAAUUGUUUUUGUUUAAUAUAAUAUUAUUUGUAUCGUGUAUCAUUCUCUAUGCUGUUUCUGUUUGGAUUGUUAUUGACCAGGCUUACUGACUCUUCUAGAUAAAGCUGCUUCUGAGUUUCUGAAGGGAGGUGGGGAAGCACAAUAGUGUUGCACUGAAUCUCCGAGGGGUCGGAUUGUGCACUGAAGCAUGCGCAACACCGAUAUGCUUCCUCGCUUCAGCAGUUAGGCUGCGAGUUGUCUUUUCAGAAGCAGAUUUUGCUGUAAUAGUUGGUGAGCAUGUCAAAUAGUGGUGUAAGAAGAGAUAGCAAUAGAGAAUUAUACAGAACACGUAAAAGGAUAUUAAACAGAGAAGAAAUGAAAUAUUGGGAAAAUGUAGAUGGUAGAAAGUUGUUUAAUAUUUGUUUUUUAAAUUGUGAUUGUUGUUUAUUCCUUAUGAAUGGUCAUUUUGCUAAAUUACAUAUCUGGAAUAAAACGGUACCUGCAGUUUAAAAUGGGUUCCUUAUUGAUUAUUUCUUUCAAUUUCUAAGCCCAAAAAACAUUCAGUUUAGAAAUGUAUAUCUGUCACUUUCUUUUUAAAUAUCAGACAGGCAAUGACCAGACUUAAAUCUCCAUCUGAUACCAGAAACCUGAAAGCUACUUAUAUCCGUUUUAAAAAGAUGUUUUUGUGCAAGUUAUACCCUUUUUACUGUCAUUUUGUCUGUUACUUUUUCUGCUGGCUUUGUAAAUGCUUUCUUGCCAACCAAUAUACUAUUAGAGUAAAUGUCCGCUAGCUUUUCUUAUUUAAUGUCGUUCAAACAGACCCGCUUUACUGAACAAAAGAACAUUUUAAUGAUGUCAUCCAGUUCUGUGUGUUCAUUUUCUUUCUGUGUGCGAAUGAGACUUUUACAUCUGGACUACACAAGCAAGCAAUCACUCCUGUAGGACAACUGGAGCAAACUGGAGUUGUGUUGGAUUGACUUUGUCGGCUUACUGGCCAAGAGGGGCAUAUCAUUUAUCCGUCACGCACUGGGUGUGAGUUUGGGAAAAUGCCCUUUACGCCCGCUUGACUUGACCCCCCCAAAACAGUGGCCUGUUUGUAAAUCCUUGUGUGUUUUCUAUAUGACAUGUUUCUCAAACCUUUGUUUUGUAUAAUAUUGAAUGCAUCCGCUGUUCUCCACGUCAUUCUCUAGAACAUUUUCAUGUCACAUGCAAGAUGGCUACAUGAAAGACGGUUGCUUGUCAAAGCAGCUCUUCCAACCUUGGGAAGGUCACCUUCGUGCAUUCCGUUAAACACUAGGUUGACCCUGUGGACAAACACUUGAUCUUAAAGGAAUGAACCCAGAAUUAGACUUUGGAAUGUCUCUAGAAAAUUACUGGGAAUGGACUGCAGUUGUUCCGUCUAGAUCAGUCUGGUAGGAUCCGGAACUAGAACCUUGGCAUCUAAGACUGAUCUAGCACAAAAAAGCACGUUGGGUCUUGGUGAAGGGACUCAUCUACAUAAUCGCCAUACCUUCAGAACCAGCUCAUUGCUGUAUAGUAUUUAUCUUUUCCCACUUUACAAGCUUUUAACAAUGUGGGAGACCAAUCAUUGAUACUAAUAGUUACUUCUGUAAUAUUGAAAAGUGUCACUGGCUUCAGUACUUCUAAAAACAUGUCAUAAAAAUAUUUAACUAGGUGCUGGCUAUGAUGAUGUUCUUCUAAUUAAGAGCAUACAUACAGUACAUAUUAAUAAUUGAUUUCCUAAUUCCCAAAUUAUAUAAUAUAUGGACCCCAUGCUUGUAAUGUACAAAAACAAAGCUGAUUAUUAAGAGUAGGGAUCUCAAUGAUGUAAUAGACUAGAAUAAAAGCUAACUUUCUUCUAACAAUUAUACUAUACAGCUUUUUGAAUGGGCAUGUCAUUAUUGUUGAGCUAUUUGGUUAAAUGCCAUAUUGGUUGGUUUUGCUUGUAACAAAGUGAAAAUGAUCUCUUGCAGAAUGCAGGUUUGUACUGUACAUGCCAUGUGUUGAUAUCAGAUCAGUAAAUGUGUGCAUUCUGGUUUCUUUCCCAUUUUAGUUUUGCUCCUGUUAUAUUUGAAAAAAAACAAAACAUUAUUAUUUAAUAUAACAGGACCACUGUUAUGAUUUUUUUUACGUUAGAAAAUUGAUACAUGACAUGUCAUAAUGGAUUAUUUACAGUCAUUAUUAAUAAAUAGGGGUGUGUUUCAAACAUGGUUAAAA